GCGUGGUUGUGUUUGCGUCGUUUGCCAGCAUAUGUGAUUACUAUAAACGUGUAUUAGACUAUUGUAACGCUUUGUUUUUCUUUGUUUGUGCAUGUACUAGGCUUUAUUUGUCGUACAAUUCGUUGUUUGGUCUAUUGGUUGCUUGCGAUGUCAACGAACCGGUGGGUUCUUGUGUUUUUCUGUAAUUUAGGUUAUACGUGCGGUAUUUUCUUGAUGGUUAUCGAUCAUCCCUGUAUUUCGAUGUUGUUUGUUUACGAUUUAUCUUGGAAUAGUUGUGACAUAGAUGGAUCCUAAUUGAUAAUUUUAUUUUAGUCCGUUGCAGGUAGUCAAUUCGAGUGACAGGAGCACAGAUUUAAGUGGAAUUUUUGCUGAAUACAUACUUGGAAGGCGUUUCUUCAGCUGGGAUGAAUUUGAGAAGUCAUUAGCAGAAUUUCAAAAAGUGAGGAAGUCAUUUAAUGCUAACAGUGUAGUUAUCCUGCACUCACUAUGUUCAUAAUUGCAGCAAAACGAUACCGGAUGACAGGUUUAAGUACGCUUAUGUUGGUUUUAAAUGCACUUUUGGAGUGAAUCGUACAAGACCUGGAUUGAAAUUGAAAAACAAGUCGUCUAAAUGUUGCAAUUGCUCGUCUUCAUUUCGCGUGGUUUUGCAUUAUAGUGAAUACAUAAUUGCUUCCCACAAUAUGGUGCAUAACCAUCCAUGCAGCAGGGUGUACAUGCAGAAUGACCCAUGGUAUAGACGACUAACAGUUGAAGAGAAAGAAAAUAUUGAACCACUUCUUCAGCAAUCCCACUCAUCCGAUGAAAUAAUAAUGCAUGUUAAGGAGAAGUACCACAAGGAUAUAACUCGCAUUGACGUUAAAAAUAUGAAAGCCGCAGUGAAUAAAGGUAUUUCAAGUCGUCGUGACAUUUUUGAAUUCCUAAAAUCCCGUGGGAAGUUAAUGGAGUAUUAUUCCGAUGAACCGAUCAGGAAUUCACUAACAAGAAUUUGUUUUGCAACUUAUGAGCAAAUGGAAUUGUAUAAACAGUUCCCUGAAGUUGUUGGUAUCGACUCGAUGUAUAAUACGAAUAAGGGGAAGUAAGUUUACCAAUUCAUUAGUCAACGUGCAGGUAUUCAUUGUUCCAGUUACUUGUGACGGAUAAUUUUGGUCGCGAACGACCAGUUUUAUUUGCGUGGACUAGAAAAGAAUUCAAACGUGAUGUAGUUUGGAUAUUAGACUGUUUUCCUCGAAUAAUGGAAGACACCUCCAAAACAGAAUCUUUCAUUAUGGAUUGUGAGCAAGCUGAAAUAGCAGCCGUCAAGUUAACGCACAGAGAAGCGCACAUUGUUUUGUGUUCUUUCCAUGUUUGCCGAGCAUUCUGUCGUAAAACAAGAAAUCCCAUUGUGAAGAAUUAUUUAUGCCGUCUAGUGCAGUGUAAAAGGAGAUCAGAAUUUAAUUUCUACUUCAGAGUUAUUAGCAGAUUGGGUGCUACUGUCAGUCAAUAUCUACAACGUCGUUGGAUGCAUCGACGAGAAUUGUGGGCAGCAUGUUUCAGAGACAACGUGCUGACUUUUGGGAACGAUACAAAUAAUCGCGUCGAGAGUUCCCACAAGCAAAUGAAACGUUACUUAC